UUGAUUCACAGUGGAACAUUCCUACGAAAAUGGCGGCUGAUUUGUCGAAACGCACGGAGCAGGAUAAGAAAAUUUCUCCAGCUCUUGGCUUGCACGAGUACGCCGAGGCUUCCCAUGGAGAUGCAGGCGAUGCUGUCGUCAAGGGGAGCAGUCUGGAGUACUUUGAAGAGGCUGAAGAAAUCGUGGGGCUGAUAAACUCCAUCCCAAAUGUCGCCGGGGACCUCAUUCCCAUGGAGAUGGCGUUGGAGCGGUUUACAUUUAUUGUGGACAAGUAUCAAGAACAGCCACAUCUGAUAGACCCCUAUCUUGAGUCUAUCUUGGAGCAGCUGUUGAAGAUGGCCAGGGAUACGACCCACCCACCUAAGGUCAUGCACCUGGCCUUCAAGUUCCUGUACCUGGUUACAAAGAUGAGGGGUUACAAGGUGAUUGUGCGACAGUUACCCCACGAGGUCGCUGAUUUGGAACCAGUGUUAGAGAUGCUGACCAAUCAGAACCCUGAAGACCAUGAGACUUGGGAGACCCGUUACAUUCUCCUGCUCUGGCUGUCCAUCAUCGUACUCAUACCGUUUGACAUGUCGCGCCUGGACAGUAACAUCCGCAUGGAGUCCGGGGAAUACCGCAAACCCAUCAUGGAUCGGAUCUUGGACGUUGCAAAGAUCUACAUAGGUGUGUUUGAUACAGCAAGAGAAGCUGCUGCAUUCCUUAUAUCCAAGUUUUUGACCCGUCCAGAUGUCCAGAAGCAGCACCUCCCUGCCUUCCUGGACUGGGCCCUGGUGACCCUCACUCAGGCUAACCCAACCAACGUACGUGCCAUGGACAAGAUGAACGGUAUACUUCAAACUUUGUCACUGUUGUUCAAACACGGUAAAAGGGAGGAUCUCCUUACAUUUGCACCUGUGGUUCUUAAGACAUUGGUGUCACUGAAAAUGGAGACCAGUAAGAACACUCUGCUGCGUAAACUGGCCAUCAAGUUGGUUCAGAGGAUCGGGCUCACGUUCCUCAAGACAAGACUGGCUUCCUGGAGGUACCAACGAGGUAGCAGGUCCUUGGCAGAAAACCUGCAGGUUGGCGGGCAGGGCCCUGUUGCUAAGGAAACGGUUGCCAUGAAGGAUGAAGAAGAUGAGGAUGACUAUGAUGUGCCUGAUGAGAUUGAAGAAGUCAUAGAACAAGUACUCAGGGGCUUAAAGGACAGAGACACAAUUGUGCGCUGGUCUGCUGCAAAAGGGGUUGGCCGCGUGACAUGCCGGCUUCCAAGAGAACUGGCUGAUCAAGUGGUGGAGGAGGUGUUGGACUGCUUCAGUCUUCAGGAGGCUGAUGAGGCGUGGCAUGGCGGCUGCCUGGCUCUCGCAGAACUGGGACGACGCGGUCUCCUGCUGCCGUCAAGAUUACCAAAAGUUGUGCCUGUGAUGUUGAAGGCUCUGACGUACAGUGAGAAGAGAGCAGCAUACAGCGUAGGCUCCCACGUCCGAGACGCAGCCUGCUACGUUUGCUGGGCAUUUGCUCGGGCCUACGAACCUGAAGAGAUCAAACCCUACGUCCAGCAGAUUGCCAGUGCUCUGAUCAUUACUGCAGUGGCAGACAGAGAAGUAAACUGCAGGCGUGCGGCAUCAGCUGCCUUUCAGGAGAAUGUUGGUAGGCAGGGAACAUUUCCCCAUGGUAUAGACAUCGUGACCACAGUGGACUACUUUGCAGUGGGCAGUAGGAACAACUCUUACCUGAACCUGAGUGUGUACGUGGCACAGUUUGAAGAGUACACCCAGGCGCUAGUCGACCAUCUGGUUCAACACAAGAUCAGCCACUGGGACCCAUCUCUCCGAGCCCUUACAUCAGAGGCGCUGCACAACCUGACUCCAAAAUGUCCAGACUACAUGGCAAAAACAAUACUUCCCAUGCUGCUCCCCCUGUGUACAGGAAUGGACCUGGCCACGCGUUACGGAGCCAUCCUGUCCUCUGGGCAGAUUGUACACGCCCUCUACAAACUUGGACUGGAGAAGAACCAAACCAUAACAGAUAUAGUAGACAGGGACGUUUUGGAAGGGUUGGCAAAUGUUCCCGGGAAGUUGGAGGCUGCUCAGUUGUACAGAGGGAUUGGUGCUGACUACAUGAGACCUGCGGCAUGCAGUCUUAUAGAGAAGCUGUCCCUAUCCAAGGUGCCACUAGUUGGCAGCGCUACCACCAGUGUAUGGCAGACUACAAUAGAUGACACUAUGAAGCUAAUGCUGGCAGGUUACCAGUUUGCUAUUCAGGACAGUGCCAUAGCAGGGUUUGCAGCCCUGUGUAAUGAAUACUACAGGACAGAGGAGGGAACAGCCCUACCAGAUAUUCAAGAUAAAGUGAUUGACAGCUACCUGGGACAACUACAGAAUGAAAUGGUGUAUGCCAGGUGUUGCUUCAUCCUGGCUCUGGGCGCCCUCCCCAAGUUCAUGAUCGCAGGCAAGUUGAAAAAGCUAUUGUCGGGGCUGAUCGGAGCAACAAAGGUCACAGUAAAGGACAUCAGCAUGGCUGAGGCCAGGAGGGACGCCAUCAAGUCUAUAAUAAGAAUCUGCAGUACAGUUGGAAUAGAGAAAGGUGGCUCACCAGACUGUGUCAUCUGUGAAGACAACAUCAACAGUGUGUAUGACACCUUCCUGCAAGCCAUGGAGGACUAUACCACUGACAGGAGGGGGGAUGUAGGCACAUGGGUACGUGAGGCAGCUGUGGUAGGACUAGCAGAGAUCACCAGCCAGGCCUUACAAGUUGAUGCCAGCCUGAUACAACAGGAGUACUAUGAGAAGACGAUCUUUAGCGUCCUGCACCAGGCAGGUGAGAAGAUUGACCGUGCCAGGGUGGUUGCAGGAGAGACACUGCUCCGCCUGCUGUACCAUGACCCACCUGUUCCCUACAUUCCACACAGGGAGGAACUCCUCAACCUUUUCCCAGAGAAAGACAAAGAGACCCUGAACUGGGCCAGUGCUGCUGAGUGUUACCCCAAGCUGAUGCCAGUCCUGUCACUGAAGUCAUACACCUACCCUGUAUUACUGGGGCUCACUGUGUCUGUGGGUGGGCUCACAGAGUCACUGGUAAAGCAUUCCAGCCACUCCCUGAACAGUUACAUGCUGAAGAUAGCAGAUGAUGAGGAUGGUCUGACAGCUAUCAGUGAUACCCUUCUCACUAUCUUCAACAACUACCUCAAAGUGGACAGAGUUUCCCUCCCACUGUUGAAAAUGUUGGACUUCCUGCUGGGCAGUGGUUGUUUUGAGCUGUUCACUCAACAAGAGGACCACCCCUUCACCCUGGCACUAGUGGACUUGUGUAAGAAGGAGAUAGCCAAGUGUGGAGACCCCCAGAAACUGCUGGCAGCCAUCGGUGUGUUCUGUCAGCUGGUCCAGUUCUCUGGAACCGUUCGGGAAAGGGUUCUGUUCCAACUGCUUGUGCUUCUGGGACACAAGUAUCCAAAGGUAAGGAAGAGCACAGCUAACCAGUUGUACGAGAUGCUGAUCACAUAUGAGGACAUCGGGGUUGAGGAAAACUUAAAUGAAGUCUUGACCAUUCUCAGGGAGACAACCGGGAAAGACCCAAACGUCUUUAUUUCCAGGGAUGACGACAGCCUGGAGGGGAUCCGAGGAAUAAGGAACCAGCUGUGUGACCUCAUGGGGGUCAAGAAGCCUGUUUCAAAGGCUCCAGCUAAACCCAAACAAGAGAAAGCAGGAGAUGACAGAAUGUCCAGCUAUGCAGAUCUUGUUGGCAGACUGGGAUACUGACCAAGUUGUGUCCAUGCAUUGUUGAUGCUGCUGUCUUAGUGGUGCCUCCUUACAUGUGCACAAUCAUGUAUCUGGACUGUUUUAAGGGCGGCAGAAGACGUGUUUGUCAAUGAGACAUUGACUCAGAGGCACUUCACCAUCAAUGAGUA